AUGUUCCACAAUGCAUUCGUAUCCGAGGCCAUCCGCUCAAAACAUUUUGUGCUUCAACUUCAAGACUUUCAGAUGACGUCUGUUCUGGGGUCCCAGGUGGAAGUUCUGAAGGAGUUCAAAAGUCUGAGUGCUGCUCUGGGCUACAGUCCUCUUGACUUCAUCCUCAGUGCUGGGCAAGGGGUCCACUUGUGUCCCCACCACUCUGAGCCACGCUGGGCCUUGGAUGGGAAGCAAUCAGUUCUGAGCCUUGUGCAGAGCUGUCCUGAGGGCCAUGAGUCCAAGACCCUUGAUCAGGUAGACAUUCUGGGCCAGUGUCCCACAUACAAGAGUCAAAGGGCUCAGCUGCUCAAGACCAAGGACUUGUCGACGUGCUCCCUAGAGAGUGCUCACUCCUCCCUGCCACACUCUGCCACUGCCUGGGAUGUGUCUAAUCUCCCAGCGUCCUCUGCCUGUUCUGCUGGCACUGCCCAGAGCUUCCAGGCCACCGUCCUGCAGGAUGCUGCCUGUGAGGGGCGGCACAGAGCCGGGCCCCUGCUCCAGAAGGCCAGCGCUGUGCACACACUGGCACACUCCUUCCUCACACUGCGGUGGGUGGUGGCCCAGGACCCAUCCAUCACAGGGGCAGCCCCUUCUACCCCGGCCACAGUGGGAGGGAGAAUGGAGUGGGCACCUCGGUUAUAUCUCUGCUAUGACCUCAUGUAUGUAGAUUUCAAAGACUUGAGUCCCAGCAGCCUGCAGUAUGAACAGGAGGAGACACUGUCCCCAGCCAGAGUGACCACGGCAGCUGCAUUGGUGAGGAGGCUGUGUGUGGCUCAGCCUGCCAGCUUUGAGACCUCAGAGAUAUUCCUGAUGCUGGUGUCUGAUCUCCAAGGCCUUUCUGUGGAUGCGCUGACAGAGGUCUGGAGACACUCUUCUUUGAGAUGCCGAGAUGAUUGGCACCCGCAGAUAGAUGCUCUGUCCUCCUGCGGUACUCAGAACUGUGCGGGCCUCAUGAAGCAGCUCAUCCUGGCUAGGGAGGUGGAGUCAGACCAGGCAGAGGCGUGGCUAUGGCCACUGACCUUCAUCCCAUGGCGGCUCCCCACAAUCCCAAAGCCCACAGACACCAUGGUGCACACACUGCUGCCACUGCUGCAGUCUCCCAGCCCAGAGGCUUUCCUUGGCAACUCAGCCCUGGCACAUAACCUCUGUACUGCUCUGGGUGGGCACUGCCAACAGCUGCCUGGAGUUGGCUCGCUUGUGAGGAUUCUGGGAGAGGCUUUGGGUGUGAGCUGUAGCUUCCCAGAACCUGUGGCUGCUGGCCAGGUGUCUUGUGCUAAGGCCAUCGGCAAUGCAGGCCUGGCAGCCACAGCUCUCACCUCUGUGCAGAGCACCUGCGCAUCCCUGAGGGACUCUCCAGAGAUCCACCUGGCGGCUAUCCAGGCCUUCGGAAGGGGGCAGGAAGUGCAGGUGACCCGGAAGCUGAACCUGGCUUUGGGGGACGUCUUCUUUCCCACAGUUUCUGGCAUUCCAGUCAAGCUCAGCCUCCAUGUCUUGGCUACAGUCAGCAUCCAUGUCCAAGGAAUGGCUGAGUUCCAGCAACUCUCGGAUUUCUCCCUGAGGGGUUACUUCAAGCCCAGUGCCCUCCUGCAGGUUUUGGCUCAGAUGGGCACUACUGGGACCCUGGGUCAGGCUAGGCUGAGAUGGUCGACCCGUGUCCAUGGCGCCACUAGCCUAGAUGGCAGUACCCAAGCUAGAAAGGGUCAGGACCUUAAAGUGUAUCUUAAUGUCCCAGAGGUUUCGGUGGAGCUUCUCAGCUUCAGUGUUGACUAUUACACGGCUGAGCUAUACCCCAGGUCAGAUGUGUUUUCAUUUCUUUGUUCGGGCUGGUACCUGUGUGCUGGUGUGGCCUGGCCAGGGCCUGGUCAGCCCUCUCUGCUCUCAGUGCCUGUGUCCACAGGUUUGAUUCUGGAGGAGAACCCAGGACGUCAGCUGUUCGUGCUAGAAGCUGUCUACACCCUCCGCUUCCAGAAGAGCCGGCUCCCUGAAGAAGACACAGCCCACCUCUUCAUGGGUACACCCAAGUCAGAAGUGGCCAGGGAAGUUGGGGUGGACAUCAGCUACAGUGUGCCCCAGAGGAAGUGCCGGUUCCAGCUGCUGCACCCCAAAAAGAAAAUUCAGCUGGACCUUGAGGACAGCGCUCCCCCUGGACAACUGGAGGCCAACUACGGGGAACAGUGGGCUGAGAGUGGUCACAAGAGAUGCCUGCGCAUCAGCCAGACCUUCAGGAACCACUCAGGAUCCGCAACUACUUCCUGGUUCCAUCAGCUUGCACUGCAGGUCCCUAAGAGGCAGGUGGACAGCCUCACCCAGCCGUCCUACUUGAGCCUCCGGCAGCCCCAUGUCAAAAGCAGCACAUACCUGAAGGGGCCAGUCACUGGUCAGCUGCCCUUCAUGGUGGGCUUGCACUGGAAGGACACCUCCAGGGCCACCCUGUGGAGAUGGGAAGGGGAGGACCAGUGAGCUUUGAUCUUGGACAGUCCAUGGCUCACAGUGUCUGUGCCUCACAGGCUCUACUGACCACACAGGGCCGUGGUCCAGGCUGUCUCAGAGCUGACACUGGCCAAGGCCUGGACCCUCGAGGAUCUGGAGGUCAGCCUGACCUGCAUGAGCCAGGGCCAUGAUAAGGAGGUCAAGAUCUGGGUGUACACUGGGGCCACCACCUACUUGCAGGUUUCCAUGGUGACAACCUUGAUGCCAGGCCUGUUCCACAGCAGGAGUGAGCUGGGGUCAAGCAGUGCAGCUCUGCUGAGCAAGGUCCACUCGGAGAACAGCCAGGACAGGAAGGUCCUGCACUGCUGGUUAGAGAGUUUCCAGAGGGAACUGAACUUCACAGCAACCUACAAGCACACGAAGAAAACACCAGGCAUGUUAGUACAGUCCCUGGGGUCAGGGAAGUGGGGACCCAGCUUCCUCGGCACAGAAGUUCCAGGUGCCCGUGGUUGGGAGAGGUGCAUUGGAGCCCCAGAAGACCUAUACACUGCUGACAGUCCUGGGGACAGCCAGGGACAGCCUUGAGGCCGGCAGCUGGAGGCAGAGCGGGAGCAGCUGUAGCAAGGCAAGACGUUGUACGGGGGGACAUUGAUCCUCCGCUCCUCCAUCAUUGACAGCAGUAUGAGCGGAAGUCUGCGGCUCGUGGCUGAGCCUGAGAGCUGCUCCCAGGCAUCUCAGUGCUUUGCUGUGGAAAGGCUGCGUCACUCCCUGGGGACCAAGGCUGUCCUGAAUGGCCAAGAGGAGAGGCUAGGCACUGUGGUGCUGGGCUGCCAGGCUGGACUCCUCUGUGUGAACUUGGCCUACCGCUAUGACCAUAAGGUUCUUCCCCAGAGCCUGGAGGGAUGCCUGGUGGCUUGGAACACUCAUGCUAAGAACAGUGAGGUCAACACUACAGUAAAAGUCAACCAGGAAGUUGUUCUGCAUCUGAAGGGUUUACACCAGGGUAGCUGUCAGGACGGAGGGAUCUGGCACAGCAUGACUCUGGAUGCCACCCAUUCCAACCAGAGGUCAGAGAACAACGUGAAGGUGUCAGCAUUCUCCUUCCACAGUGUGGAUCCAGGGAUAGAGCUCAACUCAUAUGCUGGAGGAGCUGAGGGGGGCCCUUCAGGAGCGAAGGGAGCAUUUGACUUCAUCAUAGAUGCACAAGCUGCUAUCAAUCACAAUGCCACAUCCCAGGUGCAGGCUGCCACCGGAUGUCACAAGGAACACAGAGAGGACAUGUCCCUGUCUGCGCAUGUGUCUGGCCAUGUGCUGCUUCUGCUAGAGAUGGACGCUAAAACUAGAAAGAGCCACGGGAGCAGGAACAUGAGGCUGUCCCUCCAGCAGAUUGUCUUCAGCACCCCCAGAGCUCUUCAGCUACAGCUAUCCUCCAAGGUCACCCCAGCAAGGGUACAGCUGUUUUCCAAGGUGCUGUUGGACCAGGACUCAACUCAGCUGCUCCUCAAGACAUCUGAGGAGAGGAGAGGAGGCUGGUUACUGUUCAGAGAACUCUGGACCUUGGAAGACAGGAGUUCCUCCCCGAAAUUCACUUUUGACACCCAAGAUAUGGUGGUCUUCCAUGGUCACAGCCAGAACCAUGCCAACAGCCAGUUAGAGCUGAACUGGAUGUGUUCAUGCCGGCUCCAGCACAGAGCUGCUGCCGUGGGGCUGCUGUCCCGGAUCAGCCCCUUCCACAGCCAAGUUUCUUCACCCAGGGAGCUGUGGGUCCCUUGGGUCUGGGGCUCUGGGAGGCAGAGCCUGGAGCCAGGCGCCAUCUUGCUGACAAAGGCAUCUCCCCUACACGUUUCCCUCCACCAGCUCCAGUGCUCCAAGGAUGAGACCAAAAGCAGCUUUGCCCUCGAGGUGGGGGAGCCCCGUUCCCAUGUGAGCACCAUCCUGCUAGCUGCUGAGGACAGCCUAGCCAAUGUCAUCCAGGUGCACACACUUCCCACGGAGCCGGUCCUGAGGACUAUGAUCCAGAAAGCACAAAGCACCCACAUCCUGUAGCAGGUGGUGCCGUGGCAUGGCCGGGAGGUGACCCUCAAUGGGAGCCUCUCUGGGUCACUCUCAGAGCUCUUGGGGGCCAUCUGUCUUCAGGCAGAGCUUGCCCACCAGCUGUCUCUGUCCCUGCCACAAUGCUGCAGCCUCUGCCUAUCCUUGGAAUACUCGAGAGGCAGCCACCAGGGUGACCUGGCUGUAACUUGGGACAAUAAAGACCAGAUCACCUGGGCUGAUAAGUCCCCUAUGCACCGUGUGGCCUGGGAUGGCUGCCUAGCUGCAUCCCUAGGUCAGCUUCAAGAAACCUGGAGCCUGGCCCCACUGCAGGCCUCUGGGGCCCUGACUGGGACCCCAGUCAUGUUUAGUGAACUGUUUGAUCUCUCCUGGGGCCAACACCGACUGCAGCAGAACAUGACCUAUGAGGUCCUUGGCCUCUGUGUGACUGACAAUCACUUGUAUGUAUGUCAUGACCCACCAUUCCAAAAGGACAAGGUCCAUGCAGAGGCCACGCUUGAGCACAUCCUCUCGGGCCCCUGUACCCAGCCCAGCUUCCAGGGCCCAGGAGAGACUGACUACCUGCACGAGUUAUGCCGCGCUCUCCACCUGGGGCUUUGCAACUUGCCCAGGGCCCUCUCGUUCUCUAGGGAGCACUGUCUGGACCAGGGUGCACUCUUGUUGCGUUCUCAGUAUCAGUUGGGUCUUGCCCCGGACUCCAGCCAGGGCCUGCGCUUUAGCCUAAUCUCACAACCUAAAGCACCGGACUUCUCUGGGCAGCUGGAGCUCCAAGGCCCUAGGGCUCAGCAGCUCAGCUUGCUGGGUGGCCUCCCUACCUCAGCUUCAAGCCUGGUCCAGCUGGAAGGAAGGACGGAGAAGGAGAAACGAAGACUGUUGGUGUCCCGGGCUCUGCACUGUCUUCAGGCUUCUGCUGCCCAUGGGGACAGUCAGGAGAGCUGUGGAGGUGGAGGCUCUGCUCCUGAGCAGCAGCCCGCCCAGCCACCAGGGCGCCUAGCUAACCAGAGCCUCCUUCUAGUUGUACAAGGUUGUCAAAGGGCCCUACUGGAAAAGAAGCUCCGACACCUAGAAAGCUAUGUGAGAGGCAUUCAGAACCUGGUAGGUAGCCAGCCCCUGCUAAGGAAGCAUGAGGGGCUCUGGCCUGGCCUGUGGCCUGCAGCGCGAGUUUUCCCUGCCUAGGUACAGCCGGUGGGCACUCUGGACAGUGUGACAGAGGGUCUGUUGCUACUGACUCGGGCGGGGCUAGGCGCUGUCCAGGCACCUGUGGUGGCCACCCUGUGGGACAGAGGCCAGACCAGACACGUGCUGACUCGACGCCUCCUUCUCUACCUGGAGCAGCUUCAGGGGGAGAUGGAGCAGCUGCAGACUGAGCUAGAACCUGAGGAUAGGAGAGGGGUCAUCCACCGUACAGUGUCCUGGGCUGAGGCUCAGGCCUCCUGGGUCCCGAAGCAGCUCUGCAAACCCAUGCUGAGUCGUGCUGUGGUAGCCGGGUCCGGGUCUGUGGUGACCUUUGAUGGGCAGGUGUGGGACCCGGGUCCCUGCUGUGGCAGCUUCCUUCUUCACCAAACGUUCUCUCUGAUGCUGAGCCGCACAAGCUCAGGGUUCACGUCCCUUCAUGUAGAGCUGAACCAUACAACCCUUGUUCUGCAUCCUACCCUAAAGGUUAACUCACCCGUGUGUGGUCCACGGGCUUACAAGAUGUAUGACACUGCCUGGCCUUGGGACGGCUGCUAAGAUCUAGAGCCACCUCCUGCGAGCACUGGGUCCAGGGCUGAGCUGAGCAGCGAGGACAGUGUGUCUGUCUCCUGGGAUGUGCCAGCAGGCCUCUGCAGCCUGAUGCUAGGCCUGUGGCACCACGACAGUCUGUACAGGGUGAAGUCAGCUCUCGUGAGGUCUCCCAACAUGCAACUAGACCCCGAAAGGUCUUCUGGGAAGCUCACUAAGUGGCCCGGUGGGGGCCUUCUGGGUACCAACAAUAACGAGGCGGAUGAUGGGCUACUGCUGCCAGAUGGCACCGAAGCUGCCAGCCUGGAGGAGCUCACCCAGGCCUGGCAGGCUCAGUGGAGGACAGCUGCCCAGGUCCGGGGUGAAGCGGGAACCCUCACGCUGCACUCAAGGAUACAGGCACCUUGCUGA